AUGGUAAAAGAGAAGACUCAUGUUAAUGUAGUGAUUAUUGGCCAUGUUGACAGUGGCAAGUCAACAACUACCGGACACCUCGUCUAUAAAUGUGGUGGCAUCGACCAGAGAAGACUAGAGAAGUUUGAGAAAGCUGCGGCACAGAUGGGAAAGAGUUCCUUCAAAUUUGCCUGGGUGUUGGACAAGCUGAAAGCUGAGAGGGAGCGUGGAAUCACCAUUGAUAUUUCACUGCUAAAAUUUAACACACAGAAGUACACCAUGACUAUAAUCGAUGCUCCAGGCCAUCGUGACUUCAUCAAAAACAUGAUAACGGGGACGUCACAGGCUGAUGUUGCCCUCCUGGUGGUCUCUGCAGCCAAAGGAGAGUAUGAGUCUGGUGUAUCAAGAAGUGGUCAGACCAGAGAGCACGCCUUGCUGGCCUACACUCUGGGGGUCAAGCAAAUCAUAGUCUGUGUGAACAAAAUGGAUCUGACGGAGCCGCCUUACAGCCAGAAACGUUUUGACGAAGUGGUGCGAGGUGUGAGCGGCUUCCUCAAGAAGAUCGGCUACGACCCCAACACCGUGCCUUUUGUCCCAAUUUCUGGUUGGACCGGGGAGAACAUGAUCACUGCAACUCAGAAGAUGCCCUGGUUCCAAGGCUGGAAAGUCAGACGAAGGGAUGGGAAUGCAAGUGGAAGAACUCUACUUGAAGUUCUGGACUCCAUACACCCGCCUGUGCGCACCAUCAACAAGCCUCUACGAUUACCUCUGCAGGAUGUCUACAAAAUAGGCGGAGUUGGCACUGUACCAGUGGGCAAGAUUGAAACUGGCGUCCUCAAACCUGGUAUGACCCUGAUGUUCUCCCCCGCCAAGCUCACUGCCGAGGUCAAGUCGAUCGAGAUGCACCACCAGGGGCUGCAGACGGCUCUACCAGGACACAACGUUGGCUUCAACAUCAAGAACGUGGCCGUCAAGAACCUGCGGCGCGGCGAUGUGGCUGGCAACGCCCAACAGGAUCCGCCAUCAGAUGUCAGCAGCUUUGAAGCUCAGGUGAUCAUCCUGAACCAUCCAGGGAAGGUCAAAGCCGGCUACUCUCCUGUCCUGGACUGCCACACCGCCCACGUGACCUGUCGCUUCACCGAGCUGAAGGAGAAGCUCGACCGUCGCACUGGCAAGAAACUGGAGGACAAGCCACAGCUGCUGGUGUCUGGAGAUGCUGCCACAGUCAAACUGGUUCCCAUCAAGCCCAUGUGUGUGGAGAGCUUCUUCACAUACCCUCCCUUAGGUCGCUUUGCAGCCAGAGACCUGAAGCAGACGGUUGCUGUGGGCGUCAUCAAGUCGGUGGAGAAGGCCCAAGGGUCGAAACUUCCACACAAAGUCCAAGUGUGUAAAUAA